ACGGAAGGUUUGCGCUAUAUGUGUGUUCGUCUGUUUUACCGUUUUCUAGGGAUGGAUAUGCUUACCUGCAGAAUAGACUUUAUUCGGUGAAGGUCUUUCUCCGGAAAGGUACAAUUCGGCGCGUUUUAGUGGGUGUUUUAAAUUGGAACUAAUCUAAUUCACGGGCCAAUUACGGCCGUAGUGCGGGUGUUGUUUUUGUGUGUUUGCGACCGGUGGAUUGUUUCGAUAACAGCAGUGAUCAGCAAAAAUGAUUGCAAGUUAUUUUGAGAUUUGCCUCGUCGGCGGUAUCAUAUUGCUACCCAUUCUGUAUGAAACGUCCCAGACAUUUCGCUACUUCUUUAAGUUCUUCGUUUACUACGUGGGAGUAAUUAUCAAUGCUCUUAUACUGAUUCCGGCGAUGUGUCUCCGUCCCAGAGAUGUCCGCAAUUUGGUAUUGGCCAGCUCAUUCUGUCGACAUUUAUCUCCACUGAUCAGUAUCAAAUGGGAACUGCGUGGUGCGGAAAUUCUGUCGCGCGACGAAGCGUACGUAAUUGUGGCCAACCAUCAAAGCUCGUUGGAUGUUUUAGGAAUGUUCGACUUUUGGCACAUUAUGAACAAGUGCACGGUGAUAGCCAAAAAGGAGCUACUUUACACUGGACCUUUUGGCAUAGGUGCUUGGCUCAGUGGAUUGAUAUUCAUUGAUCGCAACAAUGCAGAAAAAGCUCAUGCCGCCAUGAACGAUUGUACCGACAUGCUGAAGGAGAAACGUAUCAAGCUGUGGGUGUUUCCUGAAGGCACAAGGCGGAACACAAAUGAAAUCCAUCCGUUCAAGAAAGGCGCCUUCCAUGUGGCCGUGCGCGCACAGCUUCCUAUCAUGCCUGUUGUCUACAGCUCCUACAGUACAUUCUUGGAUGAUAAGGCAAAAAUUUUGAACAAUGGACACGUGAUUGUGACCACCUUGGAGCCGAUCGAAACCAAGGGCCUAACUAGUGACGAUAUACCGGCAUUAAUGGAUCGGGUCCGAAACAUGAUGAUUGAAACGUUUCGAGCUACCUCGAAGGAAGUCGAAAGGACCUACAGUGUUAAUGGCAAUAAUUCGAUCAGCAGUUCUAAGCUAAAGUUGCGCUGUAUCGAUGAUCUCAUUAGGCCGAAACUACCCAGCGCUGCCAACGGAUCACCAACUCGACAAACUCCCCAUAAUACCCCAUUGCGGAAGGAGUAGGGUUUAACACUUCGAUAGGCAGCAAGUGUGAUAGUAUGUUUUAUUUCUAAAAAAAACAGCGUUCCCUCCAGGAGAGGAUUGUCGUUUCGAGCCAAGAAACUCCAGAAUAGUAUUUAAAGUGACGCUAGUGUAAUGUCUGUCACUGUUUUUGUUUUUCAUUCUAAAUAACUAGUUGUAUUUUGUACCAUUUUUAUACUAAUCGUAUUUUUAUCGGGUUAUUUUUUCUUAGCUUUUCGGAAGUCUUAUCCUACUGUCGAGCUAAUUCUAAAAUAUUCUUUACCCAACUUCGGCAAAACUUUGAAUACAAAAUGGGGGCUUCGAUUUUAGCUUUUUGUUAAAUUACUAAGCAGCAAGCUAAUGUUUUGCUUGUACGAAGCGUAUUCAAGCGUAUAGUUUACACCCCAAAGCCUUAUAUAUUAGAAGUUUGAAGCUGUCUGCUUGUUUUCAUAGUAUGGUACGACACAAAUAAAGAAAAUUCUAGUCUGUUGUGGAACUUAUUUGUCAUUUCUGGAAGCAUGUGAUGUGAUAUUUCGGCUCAGCGACAGGAAAAACUAACGGCGCCCGGUCAACAUAAAAGUGCACACAUAAGUGCAAUGUAACAAAUACAUGACCUUUACGUAAAUUUUAUGUAGCAGGCGACGCUUAUGCAAUAAAAAAAAGAAGUAGGACUCCUACGGUGUGUAAGAAAAUCAAAAAAAUGUUAGAGUAACGUUGCCUGAGGGGGGGGGGGCAUAAUUGGCAUGAUUUUCAGUAUGAUUGAUUUGGUGCUGCAACAUUUCGGGAUACUCCGUUAACAACUUCAAUAUUAUGAUAUUAUGUAUUAUUAUUACUAUUCUUAUAAUUAUUAUUAGGUAUUUUACUUUGGUUAACAGAGCAGAUUGUGAGUAUUGUGUCAUGAAACAAGUGUAUUUGUAUUGUAAAUUAUCCACCAAUUUAAGGUUUUAACGUUCCAUAAACUAGUGUAAGGAACUAAGUGUAAUAAAUUUUCCAUCUAUUUAGUUUUAUA